AACAACGACGAUACCGGAUUGAAUCGAGUGUAUCCGGAUUAGUAGAUCAGUGCAGACAGUGUGUAUCUAUCGCAGCAUCUUAUCUUUCGGCUCACUAUAGAUCAUUCUACGCCAAAAAACGUCAGAAAUAUUUGUUCAUACCGUGUUAUGUGAUGCAGUGUUAUAGAAGUCGAUUAAUAAGAAAAUGAGUUCCAAUUUUAAGUUGUUGUGCGUGGUGCUAGUUUCGCUAUCAAAGUUUGCUGCCCCAGCAAAGGUUCUACAUUGUGUGGCCAAAAUCGACAAUGGCCUCGGAGUUGGUCUUCUGAAAGAAACAUUCACAAAAAAGCAGUACUGUUCGUACCUGGGAAUACCGUAUGCCAAACCACCAGUUGGCAAUCUACGAUUCGAAGAUCCUGUGCCUUUGCUAUUUAAUGGUUCAGCAGACUUUCUCCAAGUAUCAGGUCCCUGCAUGCAAACGUUAGUUUGGUCUGAAGACGUGACUGGUGAUGAGGAUUGUCUCUAUCUCAAUAUAUACACUGUGCACACAGGAGUAGGAAAGAAACCACGCCCACUGCUACCCGUAUUAGUUUGGAUUCAUGGUGGAAGCUUCGUCGAAGGUUCUUCCGAGACGGACAUUUUCGGCCCAGAGUUUAUACUUGACGAGAAUGUCAUAGUUGUCACAUUUAACUAUCGAUUGGCCUCGUUUGGAUUUCUUGGCAUUGAUGAAUUACAAAUUGCUCCUAAUCUCGGACUUAAAGAUCAGACGGAGGCAUUACACUGGGUACAUCGUAACAUACGAAGUUUUGGUGGUAAUCGCAAUCGCAUCACUUUGCUUGGGUGGAGCGCUGGUGCCGCUUCUGUCACUUACCAUAUGUAUACUAAGCACUCCAAAGGUUUGUUCCAGCGAGCAAUAGCAAUGAGUGGAACUAUGACUCAACCGUGGGCAUACCUAUUUAACGAUCAAUGGUGUAGCAACGAAUAUCUCAAGCAAACAGACGCGUUUUCUAAGGAUGAGUUGCAAUCAAGGUCGGCCAAAUUAUUGAUACCCACGGAUGGAUUAAAAGUUACAUACUUUUCAAACGUUUAUUUGUGUUACAUCCCACGAAGAGAUACGGUCUAUGCGCUUCGAAGUCCAUAUCAAGCUGUUCAAACGCACCCUGUUAGCGAUGUACCUCUGCUCAUUGGGAGCACAUCUAUAGAGCAUGAGAAUAUUUACCCUCUUCGGGAUUUCCGAAUGACUCACUUCAAUUACCCGAAUAGUAACGUCACUGUCUAUGAAAAAAUCAAGCAGUAUCUUGAACAAUCGCGAGGGAAUAUUUCCGCUGAAAUCUUCUACAGCCGUUUAGUUUCCAUCGCCGACAUCAAAUUUGGAAUACAGUAUUUCAUUGAGGAAGCUUCCAAUAAUUUUAAAUCUCCCAUCUAUCGUUAUUGUUUCUCAUUUCAUGGCCCAUUCGGCUACGCUAGUAAUGAAUAUUAUAAAUUUGCGCCCACAAUUCCCGGUGCGAUGCAUGGAGAUGACCUCGGAUACUUAUUUACCCCUUACAACUACGAAAACCUGGUUGCAUCAGACGAAAUAAACGAUCCGCUCGUCAAGAAAUCCCUGAAGGUGCAGCGUCGCAUGGUUCGGAUGUGGACAAGCUUCAUCAGGUCGGGCAACCCAACGCCGAACAAUGGUAAAAUCAAUCGAACAAUAUGGCAUCCCUAUAAUGACGGGGAUCCGCUACUGGCGCGGCACUAUCUCAGCAUCGAUCGCCGAUUCCGUGUAGUGCGGGAUAUGAGACCUGAAAAUUACUACUAUCAAUUGUGGCGUACAAUUUUUAACUGCCUGUACUUCUUCCAGUGCGAAUUCUUGGAUGCAGAAGAGGGCGAUGAUAACAAUGGAGUGUGAUGGAAAUCUGAGGAAAUUAAGUUUUUCAUAUUCGACAACAGAAAUUACGCCAACGCGAGUGAAAUCGGUCGAGUAAACUAGUAAAAAAUUGAAUGUUAAAUUCAAUUCCUGAAAAAAGCUCUGUAUUCUACAUAUGACAUCACGAAAAGAA